UAGUGUGGAAGUGAUGGAAAUUGAUGUAACUGUGGAAUUAUGGAUAGUUGCAAUUUGCAAGAUGUUCAUGAUAUGUAAAGUUUAAUUUUUCACAUUUCACAUAAUCAGCAAUACUGUGAUCAAAACCUUCAAAUUAGUAAAAAUUUACCAAACAUUGUUCAGAAUCAUUGAGUUUUCUGCAUAUAAUUAAAGGAUUUUUUUAUUACCACGUUGCAUUUAUUAGGUAGAUAUGACUAGUACAAAUGCGCUGCCACAGGUUGACCGAGAGCUAGAUUUGUCGAAUACCGGCCGUGGUGUGUGGUUAGUGAAAGUGCCUAAAUAUAUAGCAACAAAAUGGGAUAAAGCUCCUGGAGAUAUUGAAGUUGGGAAACUGAAAAUAUCCCGCGUAGCUCGUCAGAAGCCUCAGGUUCAGUUAUCUUUGUCGGAGGGUGUACUAUGUCUUAAGGACCCUGGAGAGCAAAGUAUACCUAAAGAACAUCGCCUGGAUGUAUCAAAUGUAACCAGACAAUCCUUGGGGGUUUUCUCUCAUUUAGUGCCUAAUCAAACCGAUUCUGUGGUACCAGAAUCUGAAAAGUUGUAUAUGGAAGGCAGGAUUGUACAGAAAUUAGAAUGUAAACCAUUUGCAGAUUCAAUUUACUAUAAGCUUAAGUCAGAAUCUAUUAGAAAGGCUUCAAUGCCUCAAAGACAAGUACAGCAGUUAGACAAAAUUGUUCAAAACUUUAAACCAGUUUCAGAUCAUAAACACAAUAGAGAAUAUCGAGAACAGAAGAAAGCAGAGGGCAAGAAAGCCCGAGACGAUAAGGAGGCUGUGCUUAAUGUUUUAUUUGCUGCCUUUGAGAAACAUCAAUAUUACAAUAUCAAGGAUUUACAAAAGAUAACCAGACAACCGAUUGUAUACCUUAAAGAGAUUUUAAAAGAAGUAUGUAAUUAUAACUUGAAGAAUCCGCAUAAAAAUAUGUGGGAACUGAAACCAGAGUACAGACAUUAUAAGCAAGAUGUACCUGUUGAAACAAAAGAUGACAAAAAUAGCUCAGAUAGUGACUAAAUUAUUUUUGUAAUACACGCUAAAAUAUAUUUGAGUUUUUUAAAGAA